AUGGCUUCUGUGCAUCAUGAAAAAUGGAAGGAGGCUGGUAUAUAUGAAGCCAUCAUUAGUUCAACAUACGAAAUAAGAAAAGUAGCCAACUUGGUUAUUGGGUUUACUGAGAAGUGGUGUUCUGAGACCAAUACUUUCAUUUUCCCAUGGGGUGAAGCAACCAUCACAUUGGAGGAUGUUAUGGUUUUGGGAGGUUUCUCGGCUUUGGGGGCCUCGGUUUUAAGCCCUCUUCAGAGCAAACAAAUGAAAGAAGUCGAAGAGAAACUCAUUGAAGGGCAAAAAGAAAUUUACAGCAGUGGGAAGAGAACGGUUACCGAAAGCUUGUGGCUGAAGAAGUUCAUGAACAGUGGGAAUGAAUUCGAGCACGAAGCAUUUCUUGCCUUUUGGUUGUCCAGGUAUGUUCUUGUUGGUUCUCGUAAUUCAAUACAGAAUUCUGUUUUUUCUGUUUUAGUCCAUUUAGCUAGGGGGACCCGAAUCGCGCUUGCACCGGCUGUUCUUGCUAGCAUUUAUAAAGAUUUGAGCUUGUUGAAAAAGGCAAUUGUAGGCUCAAAGGAAUUAGAUUUCACCCUCAAGCUGAAGUCACCAUUUCAUUUAGUUCAGGUUUGGGCAUGGGAAAGAUUCUCAGAACUUAAGCCAGAAAACCCAAAUCCUAUAAAGUCUUCUGAGCCAAGAAUGGCUAGAUGGGAUAAAGUGAAUGGUGUGAGAGUUGAAAACUUAAGAAGGGUUUUAGACUCAGCCAGAGAAAAUUUCCUGUGGCGCCCUUAUGCCUUGGUCAUUGAUAACUGGCAUUUCCCUAAAUACUAUCCACAAGAGGAAAAGUGGGUUUUGAUUGGACCUGAUUUGGAUGAUGAAUUGCUCUCAUAUGUGAGAUGCUUGAGGGCCAGUGAGCUAGUUGGACUUUAUACUAUAGAGCAUUACCUUCCGCACCGGGUCGCUAUGCAAUUUGGAUAUGAUCAAGACCUUCCAUGUUCUGUUACUCGAGCUAACCACAAUUCGAUUUCAGCCUGGGACUACAACAAGAAAAUCAAGAAUGUAAAAUUGUAUCUUCCAUCUAGACUUGUGGAGGCUGAUGUUACCACAAAGUACUUGAAGUGGUGGAAGCAAUCAGUGUCAGGUCUUGAAAAUGCAAGGGACGCUGCUGUGCCAGGGAAAAAGGGAACAAAGGGUUUGAAAUGUUUGCUACCGAGGGCUAACCACCCCUCUGUACCUCCCGGUUUUCCUCCCAAACGUAAAAGAAUGGAAGCUGAAGAUCCUAUUGAUGAGGAUGAACUAACUGUAUCACAACUUUUGAAAUUUCGCAAGAAGCAUGAGAACUUUGGGAUUAUACAAGGCAGUGACAGUGAGAAAUUAUCAAGUCAAGCUCAACAUUUUGCAUCACCAAUUGCACAAAAAAGCUAUGUUAAUGCCAUGAAGUCAGAUGAGAACAUUGUAAACCUCGUCAGCGAUGAAUGUGCUAGCAGUAGUUCUUUAUUUCAGAAACGUCAGCUGGAGCUUGGAGCUAGAUUUGAAAGGCUCCGAACUAAGAUUGACGAGUUAAAGGCACAUAGAUUGGGGAACAAGGUUUAG